UUACGUGCAGUGUAGAUUCCAAGUACUCCUUCCAUGCAAAUUCUCUCCUCUCUUCCAUCUCCGGGUGUUAUGUCAUUUUGUCCAGAGAAUGGGUCCUAAUUGCAUCUGAGAUAAGCCAACCAUGGAACUAUUUGUAAAUACUACCUUUUCCCAAGCUUAUUAUCUCUGCCCUUGCCCUUGCCCUUGCCAUGUCUGACAAAACAAAUAACGCAGAGGAGCCACUCAUACAAGAGCAGAAAAUAGCGUCAUUAAAUUCGCGUAAUGAAUUUCCGUGCUCCAUAUGCUCGAGCAAUAACAGCUGUCAAACAGUUCGUUCAAGAACCAAGUUAAUGAAUACUCUGAUACAAAGGGGAAAACCUCGCGAAGCACAUUUCAUUUUCAAAGCCUUAAACGAACAAGGGCACAAGCCCACUCUUGUAACAUACACUACACUUUUGGCUGCUCUCACGCUCGACAAACGUUUCAAGUCCAUUUCUUCUCUCCUUUCUAAGGUCGAAAAAGAUGGACUUAAACCCGACUCAAUAUUCUUCAAUGCAAUCAUCAAUGCCUUCUCUGAGUCAGGUAAUAUGAAAGAGGCCAUGAAAACAUAUACAAGAAUGAGAGAGAGUGGUUGUAAACCGACAACUAGCACAUUUAACACUUUAAUUAAAGGAUUUGGAAUCAUAGGUAAGCCUGAAGAAUCUAUGACACUAUUAGAUGAAAUGUUGAAAGAAGAAGUGAAGCCGAAUGACAGGACGUAUAAUAUUCUUGUUCGAGGUUGGUGUAAUAAGGGUGAUAUUGAACAAGCGUGGAGUUUAGUGUAUAGAAUGAUUUCGGAAGGAGUUAAACCCGAUGCUGUGACGUACAACACUAUUGCAAAGGCUUAUGCUCAGAGAGGUGAAACUGUAAAAGCUGAAGCUAUGAUUUUUCAAAUGCAGCACAAGGGAAAGGUGAAACCGAAUGAGCGCACUUGUGGUACUAUUGUUAACGGUUACUGCAGGGAAGGUAACUUGACUGAUGCAUUGAGAUUUUUGUAUCGAAUGAAGGAUUUUGGAGUUCCUCCAAAUCUUGUUGUUUUCAACUCACUUAUCAAAGGAUUUAUCGAUAACUCUGACCCCGAUGGGGUUGACGAGGCACUGAGUUUGAUGGAAGAAUUUGGGGUAAAACCGGACGUAGUAACAUUCAGCACCAUAAUGGAUGCAUGGAGUUCGGUCGGUCAAAUGGAAAAGUGCCAAGAAAUAUUUGAUGACAUGGUAAAGGCCGAUAUUGAACCCGAUAUCCACACAUUCAGCAUUCUUGCUAAAGGCUAUGUGCGUGCCGGACAGCCCGAUAAGGCCGAGAGAGUCUUGAAAAUGAUGAUCAAAUCACGAGUUUACCCUAACGUAGUUAUAUUCACUACAAUCAUCAGUGGAUGGUGUAGUGCUGGCAAAAUGGAAUAUGCUUUUAGGAUCUACAAGAACAUGUGCGAAAUGGACGUACCUCCAAAUCUAAAGACUUACGAGACACUUAUAUGGGGAUACGGAGAAGCUAAACAACCGUGGAAAGCACAAGAGCUUCUCCAACUUAUGGAGGAGAAAGGUGUUUUUCCUCAGACGAAAACUCUACAGUUAGUUUCUGAUGCAUGGCGAUCUAUUGGAUUUCUCGGUGAAGCCAAUAAAAUCAUAGAUGGCUCAGAAGAAGAUAAUCAGAUUAAUGUGGGAAAAAUUCAUUCUUCUUAUUUAAAUUAUAAUCCUACUAUGGUGGUAAAGGGAAGCAUCAAAAGUCGAAUGACGCUGAAAACAUUAAAGUUUUCUUGUAAGUUUUGCCUUACUAGUACAGUGGCUAAGUCGAUUUUGCUUUCGAACACUAUUGGUGGGUUCAAAGCAAAAUCUCAGGUAGUGUGGCAGAUACAAUUUUGAUGCCCUGGAAAACAAUUAUGGGUAUAAAUUAGUUUUCGAUUAUGGUUGAUGCUUGUUGAACUGAAACGAAUUUUGGGUCUAUAGAUAUGUACAUCUACCAUUGUAUAUGCCUUCAUUUAAGAAGAUUGUUGUAUGGUACCCUCAACAUUUUCAUCCAUA